AUGUCUCCUGACCGCAGCGCAGGCAGCGAAGAGGAAGAGAGUCUUAUCCCAGGUCAGUCGUUGACAUAUCCUUUUCAGCACAAAGGCUGGUGUCGUCCGCUUCAACUGUCGUGGAUAAACUUGAGAACCUAUAUUCGGGAAUGCAUUGUGUACUCUCCGGAUACAUUCUGCAGUCAAAACGACACAUGCGGAAGGGUUGAAGCGAGCAUCAAAUCCUCGAGACCCAGAAGUGCAAUAGAGAGUUGCGUUAGAGCGCUUGACGCGGCAACCCUUUUACCCUCGCAUGAUGCAUCCAAGACAUUACUCACGGCAUACUUCGACACAUGGGAGCGGCUUUACCGAGUGGUCCAUAUCCCAUCAUUUUGGAAAGAUUAUUAUGAUACAUGCAUUGGAUUAAGAAAAUCCUGCCUUAAUUCGAGAGUUCUCACACUCGCGAUCCUUAUCCUGGGACAGCAAGUCACAAACCAAGAUUUAAUUGAAAAUCUCCAAACCACGAAGCAAAACCUUGAACGAUUUUCAGAGUGGACACAGUGCGUCGAGAACUUCUGUAUUCUCCUAGUCGACAAUGAACGCCUGGAACUACCGCAGCUACAGAUUCUAUCUCUAUUUUCGAUUUACAAGACGACCGACUGCGACCGAAACGAAGCACGGAAGUGGGCAAAGAUUCUUGUCAAACGCGCCGUUCAGGCAGAGCUUCACGUUGACCCGUCCGAGUUAAAAGGGAUAUCUGUAUUUGACACGGAGAUUCGAAAGCGGCUGUGGGCCACUGUCUUGGAGAUUGAUAUUCAAGUUUCUCUCGACCACGGAAACGCCGUGCCUUGGACUGCAAGCAUCAACCACCGAGUGCAGCCACCUUCCAAUAUAGAUGAUGAUCAGCUACAUCCGGGCUUGCUAGAGCUCCCUCUCGUGCAAGAUGGUGCCAUCAAGUCGAUUUGUACCUUUCAGAGAGUUCUUUACCAAUCUGCCGAGCUAAGAGCGCAGCUUCUCGCGCAAAUGUUCGGUCGCGCAAAGCAUGUGGAUGUUGCCUCCCAAAUCACACAAAUACUGCUGAAAGAUCUCGAUGAUACUUUUACCUCAGCAGAAUGCGAUACCUUGAAUGCAGAAUCCAAGCAUCUCUUGCAGCUACAUAUCCGUCGUUCGGCUCUGCAAGUGUUGCAAAGCCUCACAUUCCAAGCAGCAAAUUAUUGCCAGCUUCGGAAGUACCUAGCCAUCUACCAUACGUACACCGCAGAAUACCUCCAGGUCUAUUUAACACUAUCGCCGUCCGCACGAAACGGCUGUCUCCUCUCGUCCACGCUUUUCGAGGCUCUCUCCCCAGUGAUAUACGCUUAUAUCGACGGGUUCCCUCUUUCCAUGGGAGUUCCAGUACCCUCUCAUGAAAUAACAGACUUCGCCAAAUCAUGGUCCAAAUACGCGUUUGAUGAUAUGGAUUGUCUGACUGAUCGAGCGCUCCGAGAGAACACAUUAUUUGUCUUUCUCUCUAAUUAUUUGAAAAGUAAAGAUCGAGCCCCCAUAAUGUCUUCUACAAAACAUCGAGAAGCAUCGUGGCGGUACGGCCGUCUAUCCUCAUCGCUGAACGAACGCAGACGGACUCCCAAGUUCUACAUGGAGCUCUCGGAGAUGGCGUGGACGAAGUAG